AUGUCUCUCCCCAACGAUCCUUGCGAUCUCCAAAGCCCAGCCUCUCCUCUUCUUUCUUCUCCUCCCUCUGCCCUGCCACAUCGACACAAUGAAGUCCAGCCUGAGCCUCUGCCAGCUGCAGUCAAUUCACAGGCCAAGUUACCCACUGCAGGCGUUGGAUCGCCUCAGAAUCAAUCUGUGGAUGCUUCUGGGCAGCUGGUCUUCCAAGACAAAUCAGGCCACUCUGUCGCUUCUCAGCCCAAGGUCCCUGUUGCCGUCGUUGUGCCACAGACUAAUCCAAAUAUUUCUGACACCUGUACACCUUUCCCAGAGGAACUCGAAAGGGGUGUGUACGGCACCACCGUUCCCAGUUUUUAUGUUGUUAUGCGAGGCAUAACAGUCGGCAUUUUUGACACCCAGGUUGGUGCCAUGCAAUCCAUUGACAGUGUCUUUGAAAACUGCAUUGUUCGCUUCUCCAGCUGGGAGGGUGCCAUCUUUGACUACACUGUCUGCUUCGAGGCAGGCUUGGUUUCCAUUGAGCAGCGAGAAACCAACCCGAGUGUGGCCCUGCUGUCUCAACUACCCUACUACAUCCCUGGCACCCCAGAAUACGUCCUCGAGCCCAUUCCUCUGUCGCCGCGUCCCAUUCUCAGAUCCCCGGGCCACCCCUCCAAUCCGAUCUAUGUCGGUUCUACAUGCCCAAUGCCCAAAUGUCCGAUCCGCACCCAUAUCGUACCUUGGAGCCCCCAGCCGCUGAUCUCCACCAAAUGCGCCCGCAAGUCUCAUGACUCAGACAAUAGCAUUGUUUACCGCCUCGCCAAGAAACUAAGUGGGGAAUCUGACUCGUCUUCGGAGGAUUCCUCUGAUAGCAGCAUCAUUAUCCCUACUCCAGAUGGGUUUUACAACAGUUCUGAGGCUGGACAGCCUAUUGUUUGUGACGACUCAUCAUCUGAGGAAGUAUUCCCUUUCCCUUCGACCCAACCUCCUAGGCCUAGUUUGCCCCAUCAACAAAACGCCACUCCAGGACCAUCCAACCACUCCAACGCCCUGGAUCUCAAUGCUCCAUCCCCUCAGGGCUCACUGUCAGUGUCUGCUUCGCCUUCAAUCUUGUUGCCCCUUUUGGACCAGCACGCCACCGACAAUGGCUAUUACUUCGACUUCGAUGACAAGGAUGGAUUGGAGCAGCUUGACCUAGCCGAUGCCCUCGCCGCUGCUCAUGGACAAUGGCCAUUCUAA